UCGCGUCCUGCCACCUCCCUCGAGGCGCGCAAAACCGACCCCCGUGGGGAUGGCCGCCAGGGUCCGGACAGCGUCCAUCUGGGUCCCACCUCUCCAGGAACAAGAUGGUUCAUGUGAUAGGAUCAGAAAGCUACAAGGUCAGGAAUCCAUCUUGGGCCAAGGGAUCCUUGAUGUGAGACCUCUUCUUAAAGCAUCUGGGCAAAGGCAGAAGAGUCACAGGACAGAGAAAGUCCUAGAGUGGCUGUUUAUUUCCCCAGAGCAUCCGAAAAUCACCAAGUCCUGGGGUUCAUUGUCAUUCAUGGAUGUGUUUGUUGAUUUUACCUGGGAGGAGUGGCAGCUGCUAGACCCAACUCAGAAGCACCUGUACAGGAGUGUGAUGCUGGAGAACUAUAGUAACCUGGUGUCCCUGGGUUAUCAGCACACCAAACCUGAUGUCAUCUUCAAGUUAGAACAAGAAGAGCUGUGUGUGGUACAGUCCAAAACUCCAAGUCAGGGCCAUCCUGACAAAGUGUGGAAAACCAAUGACCAUAUGGAAUGGCAUCAAGAAAAUCAAGGGAAGCUGGGAAGUACAGCAAAAAACUAUGAAUGCACUGCAUUUGGAAAACUGUGUCUUCUUAGUACAAAUUAUGUUUCUUUAAGACAGAAACCUCAUAGAUGUGACGUGUAUGGAAAGAGUUUGAAAUAUAAUACAGGCUUCACCAGUAGUUAUGAUGGGAAGAAUCCUAAUGGACUUUGUGUAUGCAAGAAAUCAUUUCUUCAUUCUAAACACAAGCAAACUGUUGUUGGAAUAAAAUACUGUGAAAGUAAUGAAUCUGUAAAAACUGUUAAUGGGAAGACACAACUUAUGUGCCAACAAAUGUAUAUGGGAGAAAACCCCUUGGGAUACAGUUACUGUGAGAAAGCUCUCAACAGCAAGUCAUUCCUUGUAGUGCAUCGGCAAACUCAUGCACAAGAGAAAAACUAUGAAUGUAAUGAAUAUGGGAAAGACUUCAGCAGUAAAUCAUACCUUAUGGUACAUCAGAGAAUUAAUAUAGGAGAGAAAUUACUUGAAUGCAGUGAGUGUGGGAAAACAUUUAGUUUCAGUUCACACCUUGGUAUACAUCAGAAAAUUCACACAGAUGAGAAUCCCUUUGAAUGCUGUGAAUGUGGGAAAGUCUUCAGUAGAAAAGAUCAGCUUGUUUCACACCAGAGAACUCAUUUAGGACAGAAACCCUAUGCAUGUAAUGAAUGUGGGAAGGCUUUUGGUUUAAAGUCGCAGCUCAUUAUACAUGAAAGAAUUCAUACAGGAGAGAAACCAUAUGAAUGCAGUGAAUGUCGGAAGGCCUUUAAUACAAAGUCAAACCUUUUGGUACAUCAAAGAACGCAUACAGGGGAAAAACCCUAUGGUUGUAGCGAAUGUGGUAAAGCUUUUACUUUCAAGUCACAGCUCAUUGUACAUGAGGGGAGUCACACUGGAAUAAAACCCUAUGGGUGCAUUCAGUGUGGGAAAGCUUUCAGUUUGAAGUCACAGCUCAUUGUACAUCAGAGAAGUCACAUGGGAGUAAAACCAUAUAUAUGCAGUGAAUGUGGCAAAGCCUUUAGGAGCAAAUCAUACCUCAUUAUCCAUACGAGGACUCAUACAGGAGAGAAGCUUCAUGAAUGCAACGAUUGUGGGAAAGCCUUCAGUUUUAAUUCACAACUUAUUAUACAUCAGAGAAUUCACACAGGAGAAAGCCCUUAUGAGUGCCAUGAGUGUGGGAAAGCCUUCAGUCGGAAAUACCAGCUCAUUUCACACCAGAGAACUCAUGCAGGGGAGAAACCCUAUGAAUGUAGUGACUGUGGAAAAGCUUUUGGUUUAAAGUCACAGCUUAUUAUACACCAGAGAACUCAUACAGGAGAGAAACCAUUUGAGUGUAGUGAGUGUCAGAAAGCCUUUAAUACGAAGUCAAACCUUAUUGUACAUCAGAGAACUCAUACAGGAGAGAAACCCUAUAGUUGUAGUGAAUGUGGAAAAGCCUUUACAUUCAAGUCACAACUUAUUGUCCAUCAGGGAGUCCACACUGGAGUAAAACCUUAUGGAUGCAGUCAGUGUGAAAAAGCCUUUAGUUUGAAGUCACAGCUCAUUGUACAUCAGAAAAGUCACACAGGUGUGAAACCAUAUGGAUGCAGCGAGUGUGGGAAAGCCUUCAGAAGCAAAUCAUAUCUCGUUAUACAUAUGAGAACUCAUACAGGCGAGAAGCCACAUGAAUGCGGUGAAUGUGGGAAAUCCUUUAGUUUCAACUCACAACUUACUGUGCAUCAGAGAAUUCACACAGGGGAAAAUCCCUAUGAAUGCAGCAAAUGUGGGAAAGCGUUUAAUAGGAAAGACCAGCUUAUUUCGCAUCAGCGAACUCAUGCAGGGGAAAAACCUUAUGGGUGCAGUGAAUGUGGAAAAGCUUUUAGCAGCAAGUCAUACCUCAUUAUACACAUGAAAACUCAUUCAGGAGAGAAACCUUAUGAAUGUAUUGAAUGUGGAAAAGCCUUCAUUUGGAAGUCUCUGCUCAUUGUACAUGAACGAACUCAUGUAGGGGAAAACCCUUAUAAAUGCAGUCAGUGUGAGAAAUCCUUCAGUGGAAAGGUACGGCUCAUUGUACACCAGAGAAUGCACACAAGAGAGAAACCCUAUGAAUGCAGUGAAUGUGGAAAAGCCUUCAUUAGGAAUUCUCAGCUCAUUGUACAUCAGAGAACUCAUUCAGGAGAGAAACCCUAUGGAUGCAAUGAAUGUGGGAAGACCUUCUCUCAGAAAUCAAUUCUCAGUGCGCAUCAGAGAACACAUACAGGAGAGAAACCUUGUAAAUGUACUGAAUGUGGAAAAGCCUUUUGUUGGAAGUCACAGCUCAUUAUGCAUCAGAGAACUCAUGUAGAUGACAAACAUUGAUAAAUGCAUGACACUUUCUAAAGUAAAUCUUUAAGAGAUACAUACAAAAUUACAUGGGGAAGGAGAAACUGUAAAUGGAAUUACUUUGUUGUCCUCCAGAAAACUCAUACUGAUUAGAUACUUUAUGAAUGCACUGCAUAUGCAGGGACAUCAUAGAGAAUUGUUAUUUAUGUGCAGAAAGGUAUUAGAAAAUAUACAUAGGAACCAAUGAAUUUAGUAACUCAUUAACAUUUUCAGGAGCAAGUAGUACCUUCUUAGACAGUUUAUACAGGCGAGGAACUAUAUGAAUAAAAGUAAAAUUGGAAAGCCACUUUAUUAUGAACUCAUAAAGGAAACGAUAUAGCAAAUUAAUAUAGAAUAGACUCCUUUGAUAUUCAUAGUUGACAGGAUUUUAGUGAGAAAUCACACAAACAAUGAAUUGCAGAGUUACUAAAAUUAUAAGCAUUUUAGGUAUCAGAAGCUCAUACCCUGGAGAAAUAAUGCUAUAAGAGAAAAGUUUCAUCUAUAUUUACAAAACCCUAGGAAAAAAGUGUCAAUAUAGAAAUGAAGAUCUACAAACAUAUCAGAUGAUGUUCAUCCUCAGCUGAAAUGUUUAUUAUAUAUUAGAAAACUCAUUCUAAAAAUGUUAUUUUAAUUUUGAAAAAUAGUUUCUUCCAGAAAUUAUUUUAAGCAAAUUUAUGUUCCAAGUGUUCCUAACUUAUAGGAAAAGAUUGGAGAAAAUUCUCAAGUAUAAUUGAUAAUAAAAUACAAAGUUUUAUUUUAAUGUAUAAAUAAAUGUAAUAAUCAGCUUAAUAAUAAAAAAGUACAUCCUAAGACCUACAGGGAUAUUUAGAUAUCUUCCUACAUAAUAUGAACUUUGCCCAGUUUGGUAUUUUACUUGUGAAUGCCAUAUGCAAAACAAAUCAAUAUGAAAUUAUCUCCCAUGGAUUUCUACUGUGCUUACCAACAUUGUUUUAUUGAUUCUUACUAAAUUUAAGUUGUUACUAGAAUAA